GUCAGCCAUUUUUAUUUUCUAAUUGCAUUAUGUAUUUUUAUAAAUAAAAACUAAAUUCUUAUUAAUUGUGGGUCAUUAUUUAAUGAUUCAAUGUCAAAUUCAGAUUUAUAAUACAGCUUUCGCUUCAAGAAAUCAGUAAAACUGGUUUGUUUAUGCUUGAAUGCCUUAUCUUUAAUAUUAUAUGAAAAAAUGGUGACGUUAGAAUUCGUGUGUAUAUAAUAGCAAAUAAUUCAAUAAUUACUUGCAAAUUAAAAUAACUCGCAAACGCUUUUUAUAGUAAACAAAUAAAAGAGGAGAUCAAAAACGUCUUUUUCUAUUUCUGAAACAAAUCGUUAGAAAGUUUCUUUCUUUUUUUGGAAACGACGUACAUUUCAAUAAAAACACAAAUGGCCUCGGCAGGAAUGUCACCAACGGAGGACGACGAGUUGACUCUUCCUCGAGCGGCGAUAAAUAAAAUGAUAAAAGAAAUUCUGCCCCACGUUCGAGUGGCUAAUGAAUCACGCGAAUUGAUUCUCAACUGUUGUACAGAAUUUAUACAUUUAUUAUCAUCGGAAGCAAAUGAAAUUUGUAAUCAACAUCAAAAGAAAACAAUAAACGCCGAACACAUUUUACAAGCUUUGCACAAUCUUGGAUUUGGUGAUUACAGUGCAGAGGCUGAGGCUGUUUUACGUGAUUGUAAAGCCGUGGCAGCAAAGAGGCGAAGACAAAGUACAAGACUGGAGAAUUUGGGUAUUCCAGAGGAGGAAUUACUUCGUCAACAACAGGAACUCUUUGCGAAGGCAAGAGAGGAACAAGCUGUCGCCGAACAACAACAAUGGCAGCAAUUACAAGCUGUAGCUCAAAUGGCAUCAAUGCAACAAAUUAAAACAGAAGAAGAUGAUUAUUCGUAAAAAAAAGUAAAAAAAAAAAAUAAAAUGGAAAUUAAAUCUCCCGUCAAUUUUUCUGUGACAUUAAUGAACUGCAGUUUAUAAUUAUAUCUAUAAUAUAAGAGAAAGGAGAAUUUAAGUUAAAAGAAGUGUACAAUGACAAAUUUAAGUUUAUAAUAAAAAAUAAAUACAAUGUGAUACAAA